CCACUUAUUCGGCAUAAUUCUGUGUGUCAUAAACAUUCCUACACUGAAAAAUAAUUAUAAAUUGAAUUAUAUAGCAAUACCUUUAGGUAUUUCCGAAAUAAACAGUGGAAAACCAAUGAACCCACGCGAACUCUCUGCCCACGCUCUCCUUAUCUUCGAACCAAGUACGCACUAGUCUUACAUAAUAAAAGCUAGUGGAGAUUAGGACCCACCAGAGCGCCAUCUUCACACCAUGUAGGGCAUUCCUAAGCAAGACAUACCCUAGAGCAGAAUCUUAGACAUGCGAUUGGCACUCGCCAAAAUUCAGCUAUCUCAACUCGUCACUGAUAAGGAACCAUAUGUGUGGGGGGCAGGUUAACCGCUCCCGCUUUCUUGACUCCGAUAAGGAGCCACCAACCACAAAUUGGGGAGGACGACUCUCUCUCCAGGGUGACUCUCCCUAUAAAUACAACAGCCCCUCGCCGGCGACGGCCAAAUCUGAAAUCGGCAGCUAGCGAGAGACACCUGGACAAGAAACACGGCAAAAUCGGGCCGAAUAAAGUGAAUUCCAUGAGAAAGCGAAACGGAAUACAAGUGAAGUGCUAUCGAUACGCCAGAACAAGGGCGAAAAGCUAAAGAAUUCGCGACACAAACACACCAAACGAGUCGCGAAUCCCCAAGAACACCACCACCCCCUACCGAAAACCGUCAAGAUUACUUACUACUACCCACCGAAUUCGUGCGGCGCGUGCAACCAGAGCGAGGACAUCAUGCUCUUAUCCUACCGAUGCAUCUACUCGGUGCUGCUGUCCACCAUAGCCAGCAUUAUGGUGGUGCUCAGCUCUGCAUCCUCCGGCUCCAUGCAGCUGCCCACCGUUCGCAAGUGCGGCGGUGGCGCCGGCUCCACGGGAGCAGCCCACACCAUGGCCAUGAACUUGGCGGCCUACGGGCUGCUGGAGAACCGGAUUAGCACUCUGGAAGCACCGCGACAAACGCACUGGAGCAAGAAGUUCCUGGCCAAGCGGGAGGCGACUCCACACUCGGCGCCCUAUGUGGUCAGCAUCCAGAUGAUGACGCCGGAUCAGGGCCUGGUCCACUACUGUGCCGGCACCGUGAUCAACGAGCACUGGAUCCUGACGGCGGCCCACUGCCUCACCUCACCGCAGGCGGUGGAGAACUCCGUCAUUGUGGCCGGCAGCCACGACAUCCACGACCAGAAGGGAGAGGCGAGCAACAUCCAGAUGCGGCACAUCGACUACUAUGUGCGCCACGAACUCUACCUGGGCGGAGUGAAUCCCUACGACAUUGCCCUGAUCUACACCAAGGAGCCACUGGUCUUUGACGAGUAUGUCCAGCCAGCCACGUUGCCGGAGCAGGAUGCUCAGCCGGAGGGCUAUGGCACUCUCUACGGCUGGGGCAAUGUCUCGAUGACGGCGGUGCCCAACUAUCCGCACCGCCUGCAGGAGGCCAACAUGCCCAUCCUGGACAUGGAGCUCUGCGAACAGAUCCUCGCCCGCUCCGGCCUCCAGCUGCACGAGACCAAUCUGUGCACUGGUCCUCUCACGGGAGGCGUUAGCAUCUGCACCGCCGACUCCGGCGGCCCGCUGAUCCAGCAGUGCUGCGAGGAGCACUUCGAGCGGGCCAACAUCGUCAUCGGCAUCGUGUCCUGGGGCAAGAUGCCCUGCGGCCAGAAGAACGCCCCCUCGGUCUUUGUCCGCGUCUCCGCCUUCACGGACUGGAUCAACCAGGUCAUCAGCACGGCCACCCAGAUCAUGUAGGAUGAUCAUCGGAACGGAAAGAAAUGAGCGCUCGAAUGUGAAGAUAUCGAAAAUAAUCGAAGAUUAAAUAUACAAACGAAAAAAAAACACAAAAGAUUGAGAAAACCCAAAGAAAAAUGUAGAUUCUCUAGAAAAUCUCACUAGAUAGUUAAGACGAACAAAUAUAUAAUGAUAAACUGCCCUGAUUCUAGUUAUUUAAGAUGUAGUUUAAGCUCUGAAUAAAAUGUUGAAUAUUUAAAUGGAAAAAACCAA